GAAAACAAAUUUCCACAAGCGACUUCUAACCAACAUUAAUCAUCAUCAACAUACACGCAACAAUUUAAUCCUACUAUUUUUAUCACCAUGCCAACAGUUCUUAUCAUCGGCGCCGGACCGCGAGUUGGCCUCGCCUGCGCCGAGAUCUUCACCAACGCCAACUUCCAAGUCGCGACCGCAUCACGAACCCAAAGGCUCGAUCCCAAGUAUCGGCACUACCCCGUAGACGUAUCGAAGCCCGGAACCCUGGCGGCUCUCUUCGAGCAAGUGUCUUCGGACAUAGGCAUACCCAGCGUCGUCAUCUUCAACGCCGCGAUGAACCAAGCGACACCGCCGGAUAACCCAUUCGCAAACGACCUGGACACCGUCCACGAGAUCAUGGACGUGAAUGCCGUGAGCGUGUACGUUGCGGCGAAGGAGGCCGUCAAGGGCUUUGAGAAGCUUGGCGCGGAGGGACUCGGCCCCGCGGGCGGGACGUUCAUCUUUACCGGAAACGGGCUAAACCAUACCGCGUCGCCGUCGCUCAUGGCCUUCGGUAUGGCCAAGAGCGCAGCAUCACACUUGAUCCAACAUCUUGCGCUUGUUGCGUAUCUCGAUAAGCCGUACAAGUUUUACUACGCCGAUGAGAGACACGAGGAUGGAGUCCCGAUGUGGUUCGACCUCAACGGGGACGCGCACGCAGACGCCUACUACGAGUUGGCGGCGGACCCCAAGCAGAGGGCGUGGUACUACACCUUCGUCAGGGGGAAGGGGUAUGCUCAGUUUCCGCGUGUGGAGACAAGUUUCCCGCCUUCUUCUUAA